AUGUCCAAGGUCCAGACGGUGGAUCUUUCCAACACCACCGGAGCCUACUAUGCGCCCGCCACGAUUUCCCCCGCAGGCCAGAUGAUCCACGUCACCGGCCAACCGGGGACGACCAAGGACGGCGUUGCGCCGCCCGACUACGAAUCCCAGAUCCAUCUGGCCCUGCUGAACCUGCGCAAGAUCAUCAUUGCCGCCGGAUCCGCGGUCCGCCACAUCGUCAAGCUCAACCUCUUCAUUGUCAACUACGACGCGGCCAACCGCAAGCAUACCCGCCACGUCGAGCGCUUCCUCGAGGGCCACCGGCCUGCCAUCACCGUGGUGCCCGUGCCCAAACUGGCGGCGCCUUCGUGGCUGUUCGAAAUCGACGCCGUCCUCGCGCUGCCCGACCCGGCCCUGCCCCCCGUGCUCGGUGCCGUCCACGAGUCGGUCGAUGUGAUCGUCAUUGGGGCGGGUCUCGCCGGUCUGUCCGCCGCCCACGAUGUGCUCCGCGCCGGGGUGUCGUGCAUUGUCCUCGAGGCGCGCGAUCGCGUCGGCGGGAAGACGUGGAGUACGCCGCUGGCGGAUGGCCGGGGCACGAUAGACCUGGGCGCGGCCUGGAUCAACGACACCAACCAGAGCAAGGUGUAUGGACUCGCGCAGCGGUACGGGGUGGACCUCAUUGUGCAGAACACGGAGGGCGAUGCGGUGUUGCAGGACGUGGACGGCACCUGCACGCCGUUCCGGUACGGCGAGUUGCCGAAUUUCCCCCCCGAAACCCAGGCCCAUCUGGCCGCGAUCCGUGAUCUGUGCGAAGCGGACUGCCAGGCGCUCGACGCGUGGAGACCCCGGGAUCCGGCCCUGGACCGCGUCACCUUCGAGGCGUACCUGCGCGCGCGGGGCGCCAGCGAGGUGGCCGUGGCGACGGCGCGGGUGUGGACGCGGGCCAUGCUGGGCCAGGAUCCGAACGACGUCUCCGCGCUCUACUUCCUGAACUACUGCAAGGCCGGGGGUGGGCUGCUGCAGAUGCGCUCCGACCGCAAGCACGGCGGCCAGUACCUGCGGGUCCGCCAGGGCACGCAGGCGUUCGCCCUGGGGUUGGCCGCGUCGCUGCCGAGGGACACCGUGCGCCUCGCGCAGCCGGUCCACUCGAUCGUCCAGACCGCGCAUCAGCCGGUCAAGGUCCAAGCCGGGGGCGCCGUGUACGCCGCCCGGAAGGUGAUCCUCACGGUCCCCACGCCGGCCAUGAAGAAGAUCGCCUUCUUCCCCGCGCUGCCCCCGGCGAAGCAGGCGUGGAUCGAGUCCACGACCUACGGGUACUACACCAAAGCCAUGGUGGAGUUCCGCUCGCCGUUCUGGGUGCGCGGCGGGUUCUGCGGGCUGGCGCAGUCCUUCUCGGGCCCCGCCAGCGUCGUCCGCGACAGCUGCAGCCCCGACGAUGCCAAGUACGUUUUGACGUGCUUUAUGUCCGGCGAGCCCGGCCGGGCCUGGGCCGCGCUGCCGGUCCCCGAGCAGGAGCGACAGUUACUGGACCAGCUGGCGAAACUGUUCCAGGUGGCGCGGGGGAAUGUGGACGACGAGUUCGUCCAGAUGACCAAGUACGAGUGGGCCCAGGACGAGUGGUCCGGCUGGGGCUGCCCCUGCACGUCGCUGACCCCGGGGGUCCUCGAUACCCUGGGCCCCGAUGCGCUGCGCGAGAGCUGCGGGGACUUGCACUUUGCUGGGACGGAGACGGCGGGCGAGUGGAAGGGCUACAUGGAGGGCGCGAUUCGGAGUGGGGAGCGCGCGGCGUCCGAGGUGGUCAAGGCGUUGCAGGCUGGUGUCACUGCUCGGCUGUGA